AUGCUUUUCGAUUUUAGGGUUCGACUUCAAAAUCCUUGGGGCGAAAAGGAAUGGAAUGGGCCCUGGAGUGACGGAUCAGCUGAGUGGGAGCAAAUGCCCUGGGAAAAAUUCUUAGAAUACUUCACCGAUAUAAGUGUGUGCCAAAUGCUGAUACCGCUGGAAUUGGGAGUCCGGUCGAAAAUAAAAUCGCAACCAUCAAUCAAGGCCAGCAGACGAUCUAACGCAACUAUAGGAACUCCUUUGAAUCGACGAUAUCACGAAUGGAGUGGUGCACCACAAGAUCGGUCUGGAGGAUGUCCAAACUUUUCGGCUACAUUCUGCUUUAACCCACAAUUCCUGCUGGAGUUUUAUGGGCCUGGAACUGCUGAAGUGAUUUUUGCGCUCAAUCAACCCGAUAAGUUUUAUGGUAAGAAAAGACUACCUUAUCUUGCCAUUGGUAUGCAACUCAUGCGUGUUGAAUUUAACAGACGGCACCGUCUUCACAGACUACUUCGGAGUACAGUUCUGGGCGCUCAGUUCAUUUACAUCUUGACAAGCUUACUCCUGGUCGAUGUAUGUUUUGCGGAGGUUGUUCUCUUAAAAUAUUCCUUUUUAGAUAUCCUGAUACCGUCUAGGUUAAUUAUAUAUUUGUGUUUUUGUCAAUUCGCAAUUAAGUUUUGCUCCUAA